AUGGUGAGAGAGCAGCUCCGUAAGCUCUUUGAUACCUAUAACAAAUACUUGGUACCUCAGCGUGUGCAAACAAAUGGUCUACUGAGUGCAAACAUUCCUGAUAUUAUUUAUCAACGUUUUAACGUUUUGAAGAAAGUCAAAUUGCCUUGGGUAUCUAUGGAAACCGAUGGCUGGACAUCAAACAAGGGCACCGAUUGUAUCAGUGUCACGAUCAAUCUAGUUACCGGUAAUAUGGAUAAAGCUUGCUUUCCGAUUUACUUUUCAGAAGUUGAAACAAAAGAAAAGCAGGAGCUAACAGAAACCUUGCUUUCGUUGAUAAAAAUGUUUUCUCUAUCAAAAUUGCUCACAUCCUGUUGCACGGAUAAUGCUGCUUCCGUGAUAGGAGCAACAGAUUCGUUAAAAGGAGACGAGCAAUUCUUUUUUUUCAACUCUCACAACGGUUGUGCGGUACACCAAAUUCAACUGUUCGUGAGAGCUUUAAUCGAUGAUAUUAUUGAGAACCUGCAAACAGCUACAGAAAAUACAGGUUCAGAAAAUGAUGAAGAGGAUCUUGAAUCGUUUCCUAAUAUCUGCUCAGUGGAUAUUGUCCAGCGUCUAAUGGCACUGACCAAGAAAUUGAGAAAAUAG